CGCAGUCCAAGAGUAACUUGGAGUCAAGUCGCUUGACCUAGUCGGUUUCUCGAACCCGUUGCCAUCGAUUCAGUCCCAGUGAUAAUAAGACACUCUUACUCUGACGCGAUUGGGAUGUCCCGCGACUCAAUGGCUGCGCGAUCGUUUUCUGCAGCGAAACAUCUUUGGAUAUCCAACGGCUUGCCGGCUUCUGCUCUAUCUCGACUCAAUUUGCCGCCAAACGCCAACCAAUCUCCCAAUUCAUCGUUCAGAAUUGGUGACGCUGCUCAGAGCAGCAUCGGACUUGCCGGGCUAUCUGCAGCCCAUUUCCAUUCGCUGAGGACCCAGAUCGAGCAAGAUGUCUCUGUAAAUGCUCGUCACGCUGUGCUCGAAUUCCAUUCUGAAGGAUGGUAUACUCUGGAUGGGCAACUUCCUGGAUCGGUAUGGGACUCCAUCGCCGGUAUAUACGAGACUCGAGACGGUUAUGUCCGGAUUCACACCAACUUCCCUCAUCACCGAAGGGGCAUCCUCAACAUCUUGGAAAUCCCCGACUCUGCCGAUGUCACCAGAGACCAAGUGCAGAAGUCUCUUCGUCAAUGGGCAGCCGAAGAUUUCGAAUCCGCGGCUGCUGGGCGCGGAAUGUGUGCAACCGCCUUCCGAACGUUUGAGCAAUGGACUGCCCAUCCCCAAGCGCUGGCACUUUCGCAAACUCCGCCUGUCCAGAUAAUCAAGAUCGGCGAUGCGCCCAGACGUGAAGGCGGGGGCUCCUUCCAUCAUCCGUUGGAGGGAGUCCGGGUCCUUGAUCUGAGUCGCGUGCUCGCCGGGCCCAUCUGUGGAAGGACUCUCGCAGCUCACGGAGCCGACGUUCUCCUUGUGACGUCUCCGCAUCUGCCCGACCUCCCAACGCUCGACGUAGAUACUUCACGGGGAAAGCGCACGACCCAGUUGGAUCUCAAUUUGGAAGCCGAUCGCGGCAAGCUGAAGUCACUCGCGGCAGAUUCCGAUGUUUUUCUGCAAGCGUAUCGUCCAGGGGGUCUCGAGGCGAAAGGAUUCGGGGCGGACAACCUCGCCGAGUUGCGGCCGGGGAUUGUGAUUGCUAAUCUGAGGGCUUGGGGAUGGGACGGCCCUUGGAAAGAUCGCCGCGCAUUCGAUUCCUUGGUGCAAACUGCCACGGGCUUCAACGAAACGGAGGGCGCCUGCUUUGCCGAAUACAGCAAGAGUGCCUUCAAACCACGGCCACUCCCCGUCCAAGCUCUGGACCACGCUGCAGGCUAUCUUCUUGCCUUUGGAAUCAAUGCAGCACUCUGCAAGACCAUGACGGAAGGAGGGUCGUGGGAAGUGCGAGUCUCUUUGGCUGCAGUGGGGCGGUGGCUCCGCUCGCUGGGAAACCUGAGUCCGGAUGACGCUUUCGGGCCUGGCACCAGACCUCUUCCGCCGCAAACGGUUCCUUCGCAACGGGAGAUCGCUGAUCUAAGUAUAGGUUGGGUGUCAGCCGACCGCAAGCAGAAGAUGACGGCGCUCAAACAUGCGGCCAUUCUCUCCAAGACACCUGUUAGAGAGGGCGAGGCUAGUCAAGCGCCUAUUGUUCUCAAUGCUCACUCUGCGGAAUGGUUGUAGAUUAGAUACAUCUUAUCUUAUCGCACGCCAUCACGGUUAAAUCAAACUUUACUCGGACUCUUCGGACUCGACCAUCAUCACGAUGAACCCACGAACUCCUUGCUCCCACUCUGCGCGAUGACACCGCACUUAUCCGAGCUCCAGCUCAAGACCGUUCCUCCUCGUCAUGCGUCGCCAAGCCGGGAGUAUUUCGCCUCAUGGAUAGAACAAGAUAGCCCAAACUUCGAUCGUCUUUCGAAGCAAGGACGAUAUUCGUCAGAACUGUUCACCUGAGUAUAAGAAGCAGCAUGGACUCGGUGAUCUGAUACCUAUAUCGAUGCUCCUCUCAUUAUCUACGGCGCUCGCAGCGCUUGUCGGGUGCGCCACGGGAACGCUCGUUGGAAUCCCGACCGUCCCCUUCACCGUCACAUCAAGCGCCAGCUUGCCUCUUGCCAGCAUCUCGCGCAUCCUUGUCGAUAGCCGCUUCGCGUCCACUGUUGACUCGACCGGCACGACUCUCAUCCCACCCACUCUCCUCGAAUUCGCGCAUACGUUCAGCACUGAUCUUAGUGUGCUCGGUGUCACGCUUCCAGUCUCGACGGCAACGGCGGCCGCCCCUGGAUCGAUAUUCUUGACCGUGUCGAGCAACACGACGUUCCUCGAUGCAGCCGGGAGGCACACCGCGGAGGGAUAUUCUUUGACGGUUGGAGCACACAAUGCCGUUAUUGCAGGCGCUAGCCCAUUGGGUGUAUUCUGGGGCACACGGACGCUGAUCCAGCAAGCGAAGCUCAACAACAUGGCGCUGCCAAUGGGAUCAGGCACGGAUGCACCGGGAUGGGGGACGCGUGGAGUCAUGCUGGAUGCGGGGCGCCACUUCUAUCCGGUGUCUUUCCUCACCGAGCUGUGUGCUUAUCUGUCCUUCUUCAAGCAGAAUACAUUGCACCUGCACAUCAGCGACAACCUGUUCAACAAUGUCGGCGUUUACACCAGGGCGCGUUCGUUGUCGUUGUACGCUGCGUUCCGCCUCAACUCCAACGACUCGGCCGUUGCCGGUCUCGUGCCCGCGUAUCAUUUGAACGAAAGCUAUACGCGGGAGGACUUUGACGAGCUCCAAUCGAGCUGUGCUGCUCGGGGGGUGACGGUGAUUCCUGAAAUCGAGGCUCCGGGCCAUGCUUUGCCCAUCGUCCAGUGGAAGCCACAAUUGGGUCUGUCCGACCUGAGUUUGUUGAACAUCCAACAUCCGGAAACUAUACCCACCAUGCAAACGAUAUGGACUACAUUUCUGCCCUGGUUCCAAAGCAAAGUCGUACACAUCGGUGCCGACGAAUACGACAGCACAAUUGCGGACGACUACAUCCGCUUUGUCAACACGAUGUCGACAUUCAUCGCGCAGACGUCGAACAAGACGAUCCGGAUCUGGGGCACCAAUGAGCCGUCCUCAACGUCCAGCGUGAGCAAGAACAUCACGAUCCAGCACUGGGAGUUCUUUGAGGAUAAUCCGUUCACCCUCCUCAAGCAAGGCUACAAUGUCCUCAAUUCGGACGAUGGAUUCUACAUCGUCGGGAAGUGGAGCGGCAGUUACCCUCAAAUACUCAACAUGAACCGCAUCUUCGCCGGCAAUCCGGCAGGAGGACCUUGGGCGCCGUUUGUCUUCGACACGAACAACGCAACAAACAACCCCCCGCGCUCGCAUCCGGGGAUCGUCGGCCACAUUGCCGCGCAGUGGAACGAUUACGGGAUGAAUGCCACGACCGUACACGAAGCGUACUACAGCUGGCGCGACGGGCUGCCGGCUCUGGCCGACAAGCAGUGGGGCGGAGUUUUAACCCAGCCCCAGUACAACCAGAUCUUCGAGAGCCUGCACUCGGUGGUCCCCGGCCAAAACCUCGAUCGGGCCAUUCCUUCAAAGACGGAGCUCAUCGUGCAGUACAAAUUCCAGGGGAACACCCGCGACUCGUCCGGAAACGGCUACGAUGCGACGUGCCAUGGCUGCACAGUCAAAUCGGGCUCAGUCACAUUCCCAUCGUCCACCAGCCAGCUGACGACUCCCCUGGGGUCCAAGGGCAGGAACUACACCCUCUCCUUUUCGAUCAAUCCCUCGUCGAAAGCAGCCGUCGGCUCGACGAUCCUCUCCGGGCCCGAUUCGAAGCUGCUGCUCGGCAAUGGCACAGUGAACAGGAUCAUGCUCGUGUCCAACGACCAGCCGUAUGUCCUCAACUACACGCUUCCUCGCGGUGUCUGGACGAAUGUCGUCCUCUCCGCCCGCGGCGAUUCGACCUUCCUGCGGGCCGGCACCGGGCCAGAGAUGCAGUUCCUCACUGUGAUGGGCAUUAACGGGCAGAGCUUCGUGUGGGAGCCCAUCGGGAUCGAGGCACCGCUCGCGCAGCUUGGCGGGAACGGGUUCGUGGGGAGCAUAGCCAACUUCUCAUUGACGGGUUGAGAGUACGAAUGCGCUAGUGAACGCAAAACGGGGGACUCGGCGUUCAACUGAGGAGAAUUAUCGGUAUCAAGCUGGGAUUCGAUCUCAGAGAACUAACUGAAUGCAUGAUGAACGGUUUUCAUUGCUCUGUGCAUCUGUAAUUGCCACAAAGAGAAUCAGUUCAUUUUACUCAACCACUGGAUCGCAAAAGAAGAGUUUCGAUGAUGAAAUGACGAUCUGCGACCUUGUACAUUCAGAUGAAC